GCGCGGUGAUGUCCUCCGGUGCGCGCGGCUUCCCGGUGCGUAAAGACCUCUCCAAUGUGCGCGCUGUGCGCUUUUUUUCUCCCUUUUCUAGAUUUUCACUUCAGGCGUUGCUCCUUUUCCUCAUAAAGAGGAAUCCAUUCCUGUAAGAAGACACUAGUCUAUUUUUAACAUCCAUCCCGCCGAGCCAACGCGUCGACAGAAACAUGGACCCUCUCUACAACGCGACGGAUGUUAACGCCACCACCGGGACCAACGGCUCCGGUACCGGCGGCGGAGACGGCUUCAACCAGUUCGUCCAGCCCGCGUGGCAGAUCAGUCUCUGGGCUGUGGCUUACUGCAGCAUCGUCGCGGUGUCGGUGCUCGGUAACACCGUGGUCGUCUGGAUUAUUCUGGCGCACAAACGCAUGAGGACCGUCACCAACUACUUCCUGGGUAAAGACUGUGACACACUUUGCACCGUCUGUUUGUCACAACACAACAAUCAUAUGUUUUUCCUCCGUAUCCUCUCAUUGCACAGAUACUAUGUGUGUGUGACACUGCUGAUCUACUUCCUGCCCCUUUGCAUUAUGGGAUGUGCGUACACGAUCGUGGGUGUCACCCUCUGGGCGAGUGAGAUCCCCGGAGACUCCACUGAACACUACAAAAAACAGAUGACUGCCAAACGCAAGGUGGUGAAGAUGUUGAUCGUGGUUGUGUGUACGUUCGCCGGCUGCUGGCUGCCGUAUCACAUCUACUUCUUACUGCACCAGUUCUUCCCCGAUUUAUUCGAGCAGCGCUACAUCCAGCAGGUGUACCUGGCCGUCAUGUGGCUGGCCAUGAGCUCCACCAUGUACAACCCCAUCAUCUACUACUGCCUCAACAGCAGGUUCAGAGCAGGUUUCCAGCAGGUGUUUUGUUGCUGUGUUCCCACCGGCGCCAAGGAGGAGCUGCAACUCAAAUCGCGGCGCUACCAGCACACACAGGUGAGCAUAUACAGAGCUAGUCGGGCGGGGACGGUGGUUUUCAGCUCCAACCACCCAGCAGAAGGGGAGCAAAGGACGUCGGAGCUGCCGUCCUGCUGUCCUCACACCCGGCCUCCUGUGGACGUCAAAUCCAACGGCUCAGAGGCACUGACCAAGAGCCCCGAUUGCCCCAACAGCCCGUCACAGUAGGGCAAACACCAUCAGGUGGCGUGGGAACCAAGUGUGAAUGCGUGACGAGGAUCCGAUCUCACGGUUGCAAGGAGGCAGUCGAGAUCAGACGCCGUCGCUUUGGUUAAGUAGGUUCUUUAGCUGUGAUGUUCUAACCAGCGGACAAGUGCAGUCUCAGAGGGUAAUACUGGCUUGAUCUCACUUCACUUCAAUUACAUCCCCGGUUCCUCCACUUCGCUUCCUCACAUCUUAGUGCGUCCCACUGAGGAAGCAUGGGAGAGAAAAUAGUCCCGUUCGAGAAGAGCCAGGCCUGCGCAAGAAUCGGUCGCCGGCGAUCGCCGCCCAGUGCAUCCCGGUCAGAUUUGUGUCCGACGUCAUGCACACGUGGUCAACAAUGACCUCACGAGAUCGAGGCGGCCGCAGGUUACUUUCCACUGGGAAAGCUCUCAGCUGAUCUAACAGCUGAUUGGUUCAGAAUCGACACAACACAUUGGCGUUUCACACAGCAAAAACGUAUUAAUGUUUUUUUUUAUAUUUGUCUGAUUUGAAGACUUAUUCUGUACAUAAUACAUGUUGUGUGGCCGAUGGUGACGUUUAUUAGCUAGAGAGACUAAAUCCGUUCAGAUUACGGAUCAUCUUCAGUCUGUGUAUUUACAUCAGCAACAGCUCGCAUGUAGAGCGGUUUACAGCUACUCUGUGGGAAUAAAAAC